CAAGCCUGGCCCCAACGGCCUCCGUGCUACCAACUGAACUAGAAAGAAAGGAUCAAUAGUCACAUAUUUUUUUUCUUUUAGGAGAGGAGUUUUACUCUUUCUUUCCAUCUUCUAUCACACUUGCUUUUUUUUUCCUUCUAGGAGAAGAGUUUUACUCUUUCUUUCCAUCUUCUAUCACACUUGUUUUCCUGUUCUUUUUUUCGCAUCGAUUUUGUACCACUGCAACAGACGCUGCCGCAUGUUAAAAAUAAAGAUUUUCUUUCUUUCCAUGACCUUUUUGCUUUUGUUAGACACGUUUCCCCCCAAGACUUCAAAUCCCCGUAAAAGAGGCUAACUAAAUAAUUAAUUACCGCCUUUUCUCUCCUUGCACUCAAAUUCUCGACCGUUGGAGAGGGAGGGAGGCGGAGGAGCAGGAGGGGGAAGAAGAAGAAAGGAUGGUGACGCUGAGGUCAGGAACCCUGCAAGACGCCUCUGAGGAAACAAAACAAGACUCCAACGCCUCCGCCGUGAAGUAUGAAGACUACAGGAAGCGGAGAAUCCAAGAGAACAUGCAGAAGAUGCAUGAGAUGGGGAUCACCAACCUCUCCAUCGGCGCCCCGGCCACAAAAUCGCCCAGGAGAACCCCGACUAAGGCGUCCCAUUUAUCCCCAAUAAGCCAGAAUAGUUUGCCUUCUAGGCGGUCUUCAAGGUUGCAGAAGAUUUCGCCAGUGAAUUAUUCAGAGAUCCAUCCCCCGAAGGAAAAGAAGUCUACGGGUGAACGAAUUCUGAUUGGUGAAGGCCUGGUGCCAGAGGUGUACACCGAGGAGCACGAGAAAUUGCUCGGGUCUUGCCGGAACGUUUGGGUUCUCUUUCAGGAUGGGUAUGGAAGAGACGGGAAGCGCAUUUAUGAUCCCUUCGAUGGGAAAACUUGUCACCAAUGCCGGCAAAAAACUCUUGGACACCGUACAUCCUGUCCCAAAUGCAAUCUAGUACAAGGCCAGUUUUGUGGUGAUUGUCUGUAUAUGAGAUAUGGUGAAAAUGUUCUAGAGGUGAACAGGACACCUGGAUGGAUUUGCCCUGUCUGCCGUGGAAUUUGCAACUGUAGCUUGUGCCGGAUCAAGAAAGGCUGGCUGCCCACUGGGCCUCUUUACAAGAAGAUUACAAGGCUUGGAUACAAAUCUGUUGCUCAUUAUCUCAUCCAAACUCAUCGAAUUGAUGCAAAGAAAGGCGACGAUGAGAAAGUAGAUGAAUCUACUCCUGAAGGACCCCUAAAUUUCUCGGAUGCUGACCAAGCUGAUAUGCAAAACAAGCUCUCCAGUGCAAUGCCUGAUAGUUGCCAAGACCCAGAGGAUUUGAUCGGUCAACAAAAGGAACCAUCUGAUGUAGAGGCACAAGCUGAUAAAAACUCUCCUGCAGCCACUAAGGGUCUCAUCAAUCAGCAACAUGAAGCUUCUAUGACUGCAAUUACGGAUACUGAUCAUCAUAGUGAGAAGAAAUAUGCCUCGGAUCUGAUAUCACUAGGUAACGGUGGCCCUCAUCAGAAUGCCGUUGUGGAGAGCUUGCAGAGUGGUCGUGAAAUUGCUAGAGUAGUUAAUUGCAAUUUAAAUAGCAGCACAAAGGGUCACACGGAGGAAGUGGAAGUAAAUGCGUUAGAUGCAUUUAGUCCAACAACCCCAGAAAAUGUCAGAAAACCUAAGGAGAUCUGCAACAAAAAUGAUUCAGAAUGUACAACUGUGAUCUCAGACAGCAUCGCUGGAAGGAUAAAAAGGAGGCGUGUUGGCAUGAUACAAUUUUGUAGGGCAUAAACUAUAGCCUCAGAGAGCAUUUUUGGAAGAACGAAAAAGGAUGCAUAUGGUGCAGUACAGUCUUGUAUUUGAAAACAACAAAACGUGCGGGGUAUCCCAGAAUCUUGAAUUAGCAUUUUUGCUUAAAGAAACUGAUGACCUCUUUUGUAGCCAUACCAGUCAUCUGGCGUCAACGGAUUCAUCAUGUCCAUAUGUUUCUUGAGAUGCGAAGUUGUUUUCUUGAAUUCCUGUAAGAAUGGCUUUUCAUGUAUGAAAAUAUGCAAAGAUGAGAUGCUUACGGUAGGCAUGUUUGAUGUAGCGCUAACCCCUGAAGGUUAUCAUGUAGUGGGUGUGAUUCCCAAGUUGAUAGGAUGCAGUUCAUUGGAGGCUCGCAGUAGCAUGUCUAUUGCUUUGGUCAAAUAUAAAUUUUUUAUCUGGUGGAAGAA